CAGUCGACAGUGUACUUUCAGUCAUCGGCGCGCACGCGUGCUGGAAACACAUAGCUAUACAACAUACGCACCAGUUUUAUACACGUAUAUACGCGCGCGCUUUUUGGCCUCUGGUUUAUCAUGUACGAGGAGGCUGCUGGAUGACGGAUUUUAUCUCUUUUUCUCGCGCGUUUAUUUCGAUCGGUAUAUAGACACAGUUUAGUCAUCCUUCGUUCUCGCGAUUGAUACCCGUGAGGAUGAUACUGAGAACGAGAGCUGCGUCGGUCUUCUUGCUGGCGGUGACACUGGCGACCUGCGCGUCGUCGAGGGCCCAGGAGGAGCCGGAGGAUAACCAAACGCUGAAGCUCGGCGACGAGUGCAACCGGGACAGGGAGUGCGAGGCCAGUAUAACUCGGAGCCAGUGUCUGCUCGGCUAUUGCGCCUGUCAGCCCUACUUCGCCCAGUACAACGCGACGCACUGCGUGGAAUCGACUCUUCUGGGCCACAACUGCCUGGUGGACGAGCAGUGCUCGCUGAGGGUCUCCAACAGCAGCUGCAACGACGGGCUCUGCAAGUGCCAGGAUGGAUUCCUCCAGUACCGCAGCCACACGUGCCUCGGACCGGCAAAGGUCGGCCAAGUCUGCUACAGCAACGCGCACUGCAAGCUCUGGGACAGCGACGCGCACUGCGACUUUCUCAUUCCGGAUCUGUUCGGCCGGUGCCAGUGCACGGCGCCGAUGCGCCAGGACGGCGAGGUCUGCCGGAGAGACCGACUCGUGCGGCCGUUACUCAUCCCGGCGCCUUCCACUCCCCAACCGGCCAGACACAGCGACAACGAGGUCGAGGACGACGCAGGCGCUCAACAGGAGCCGCUCGUUAACGCGCUCAGGAGCAGCGAUCACAGCACCAGGCCGACCGACGAGGAUGACGCCGGUGCCCAGUUGUCCUGGCUGCGAAACGCGACGAUGCUCCUGUCGACCAUUGCGCCGACGCAGCUCAUGCCGGUCAAUCUCGUGACGAGGCCGUCGCUCCGGGCAGAACUGCAGCCGAACGAACUUCCGGAGGACGACGCCAUUGUCAUCGAGGCGGCAGUUUCGGAACUCCUGCAAACUAGCACUAGUUCCAGCACAGCCACAGCCCCGGUGAAAAGCGACCGGCACGAGAGCAGCGCCCUGACGGCCAUCUCCCUGGGCCUGCCCUGCUCCUGGGACCUCGAGUGCCAGCUGGCGGACCGUCACUCGCGCUGCAUCGAGGGCCUCUGCGACUGCGCCCUGCGGGCCGGUAACGGCACCUGGUGCAGCGCCCGUCGCACCGGCUGUCUUCCGGGCAGCUUCCAGUGUCGCGCCUCCGGGGCUUGCAUCAGCUGGUUCUUCGUCUGCGACGGCAGACACGACUGCAGCGACGGCUCCGACGAGGAGUGCACUCUGGGAAGCUCCCAGUCCAGGUGUCCGGCCCAGGCGUUCAGGUGCCAGAGCAGCGCGGUCUGCGUCUCCAGGGCGGCCCUGUGCGACGGGGCCAAGGACUGUCCCAACGGCGAGGACGAGGCUGGCUGCAACGAUCGCAGGAAGUGCCCGGAAGGAGCCUUCCGCUGCAACAACGGCCAGUGCCUGCCGGCGUACGAGUUCUGCAACGCGGUCGUCUCCUGCCGCGAUGGAAGCGACGAGCCCCGAGGCGCCUGUCGCACGCGAAAUCGCAGCCGAGUAUCCGCGCGGCACUGCCCUUUCAAGUGCGCCAACGGACGCUGCCGCUCCGACGCGAUAACGUGCAGCGGCAAGGACGGAUGUGGCGACAAUUCCGACGAGACCAGCUGCAACGUUUGCAAAUGUGCGGCGGUGCUGUAACUCGGCUCCGACGUCGAGGCGGCCGAGUCGCCUCUGGAAUAUUUUCGACACGUCCGCGCGACGUGUAUUCCCGCACCCGAUGACCAAAGAUCAAACCAGCCGGACGACUGAGAUGACUUUUUCCUCCUUGAUUUUUCGUCACCUUAUACACGCCACUUUCUAUAUGUAGAGCGAUAGAGCCGCCUGUGCCAAAAAGAGGAGAUAACGAAGAUCAGAUAUCUCGAUUAUGUUAUCAUUACUGUGCGAAAUUUUUUUCACUUUCUUUGUAUACUGCAUCUCAACCUUUUUAAUCGGGAAAAAAAGAAGAGCUAAAGAUAAGGAUUAGGAGGACAUUUUUCAUUAGAAAAAUGGACUGUCCAAUCUCGCGGCGGCGACGCAUGUGAAUUCCGAGUCGGCAAAUAUUUGAUGAAUCAAUGAAUUUCCACGGAGCGACUAUCAGUUUUCAUCACUUUUCCAUCGCAAUACAAUAGAAUACAUCCGUCCGACUUUUCACUCGCAAUCAUUUCUCUCUCUCUCUCUCUCUCUCUCUCUCUCUCUCUCUCUCUCUCUCUCUCUCUCUCUCUCGUAUCGAUGCAUAUGUGUAGAAUAUUAGCGAACGAGAGGAACACGCCCACGCACACUGCAAUUGACCUGAAAUAGCCAGUUAUAUGCGAGCAACGAUCGAUAUCACGUAGUGCUAACGAAAACACAAGAUUCUAUUGUAGAAGAUUGAUUUAUACGAUAAUUAUACAGCGUCUGCUGCGUUCAACAGACUCGACUCAUUUGUAUUUUUAAUAAGAACAGCUCAUAUUAUAUGAUUAUACACAAAA